CAGGACAGUUAACGAACAUUACGGUUGCGCCGUUAUCGCUCGAAUGCCAGCGAGGCUAUUCAUACCCGUAACGAUCGGAUACUCUGGCCUGGUUUCUGCCAACGCCCAAACACUUUACCUGCGAUGUCGCACUCCUUAGUAUGCCGACAAUGCCUACCACUCAUCCGACAACGUAGCAGCCUCGCAGCGAAUAGCCAUAUCCAGACCUCCUUACACGCUCGAAAUAAUACCACGUCCGCCAUAGAAACCUCCACAGAACGGCCGUUUCGAAUUCGCAAAAUAAAAAGAUUAGUCACGCCGGGAUCAGGAAAUGCGCCAACGCCUAUCGGAGCACCAAUAAAGGCCGAAGCAAGCCGGAGGCGAACAGAUUUCACGUCCAAAAACGUUGAUACAUGGUCGCCUAAAAAUGAAGGAGAGAGGAAGAAGAAGUACGAGUUCACAUCUGGAAACGCCGACACAUGGAUUUCUGAGCUCGUGAAGGAGAGGAAGAGGAGAUACCUGGAAUAUGGGUACCUACGCCAUCGCAUGACCAAGAAGGAGCUGAAAGACUUUGAGAACUGGAAAAACGACUGCAAGAGGCUCUACGGAUUCGCAUCUUUCGGAGCAGGCUACAAAGUCCCAAAAGUCCUCAGCUGGGUUCAGGACCGGCAAGCCGUUGAAGACGCGAUCGAGCAAUGGACGACUUGGACUGAUGAGCAGAAGAAGACAAAGUGGCGAAAGCUCAUGUUCUCUGCUUUAUGGUCUUGCCCUGAUCGAGCUGCGGCCAUCCUCGAAAUCACCACCCGCGAUAUCAAACCGCCAGGUUACGCCAUCAGCGACGCUAUUCACUUCAUCGCAAAAUGGCAAAGUCAACUAUCCGGGCCUGAAUACAUUAAGCAGAGAAGACAUCUUUGCAACGUGGCUGUGACGGUCUUCGAGCGCUUUCCUGCGGGCUAUAUACCUCUGAGGCAAAACACCAUCUACAUGCUGACGCAUGAAGUAGAAUUGCCCAUUUUAAUUUCCCUAUACGAUUGUUGGAGGGAAAGGGAUGUCCAAUUCCACAGCAAUACUCUCCAAAACAUGGCCAGACGACUUGCAGUCAGCCCUUUGCAUAAGAAGUUGGCUCUACAGUUGGCCAUCGAGUCUAUCCCAGACCAAGGUGUUGAUCUCGACUCAGGGCUGUGGGCAUCUUUGUGCACCUCCAUCUUGAGUCUCAAGCGUGGCCAAAUCAACGUUGAAGACGGCUUUUCAGCUGCAGACGCAUUUGUCACCCUGUUAGAGCAUGGCUUUGCCCCCAAUAUGGUUCACUAUACGGCAGUGAUCAGAUCGCUGUGCCUGACAGAUCAAAACGACGUUGCAGGGGAGGUCUUCCAGGUUAUGCAACGGCACAACUUUGAACCAGACAUCAUCAUGUGGUCUACUCUGUUAGACGGAGGCAAGAGGGCUCUUUCACCUUCGAGCAUCGAAUCUGCCGUCAUGGGAGCUGUCGAGAGCAACGAGAUCGAUGUGCCCUUCUUGAAUGACCUCCUGAUGUGCCUACUUCACUUCUGCAAGUGGACGCCCGGCAUCAUGCCGGCUUUUGGGCCGAUGCUGCACUUCUACUCAAAGGUGUUCCAUUUGGCACCAUUGCAGGCACUCCUUCCCGUGGACUUGUCAAUGUACCUGGAAGGCCAGGAAGGCCUUCAGAUGCCAGCGGACUGGGAGUUGGCCCGCCAACUAUUUCCCGCACUCGACAGGGCCAUGUCCGCCGUCCAUGAGAAGAUGGAACCAACGAGCUCAACCCUGAGCAUCAUGUUCCUCGCCUACGUGAGGAGCAUGUCGCAGCCUAUCAAUCUCAUUUCGUUAUACGCGUACCUCAGACAGGAGAUUUUGAAGGGCAGCCACGGCGCCACUAAGCUGGUCCAGGAAAAGGGGACCUUCAUGUACGACGUCCUUAUCAAGGCGCUCUGCAAGCACCCAGGCAUGCUCCGUGCUGCUUUGGAUAUCGUUGGUGACAUGCUCAAGUACACGCUUGAAGAGCGGAGCAAAUCAGUGGAGGCGGCAAAGCAAUCCUCGAAGGGGAGGAGGGAAAUCCAGAAGACUGAGGUCAAGGAGAUUAGCGAGGUUAAGGAGAGCGAGGUUCAGGGCAACGAAGUCAAGGAGACCAAGAUCGAGGUUGCUCCAGCGCCACUGCACCCCGCCCCGAGCGUCUUCACCUGGAGCAUCCUCCUGCACGGCUUCAGCCAGGAAAAGGGCUCCGGCGACCGGAUCCUCGCCCAGAUGCGCCAGCACGGCGUCGAGCCGAACCUGGUGACCUGGAACACCCUGAUCGCCGGCUACGCCAGGGCCCAGGACGUCAACAAGACGGUGCUGUCCCUCCAGCGCCUCGAGGCCUCGGGCCACGAGGCGGACGACUUUACGCUGCGGGCUUUCUCGCGGUUGGUCAACAGGGAGGCCGCGCUGAGGAAGAUGGAGAACGCCCUCUCGCGGAGGGCGACGCUAGAUGAGAUGAAGAAGCUUGAGGAGCAGAGGAUGGCUGAGCUGCCGCUUGGUCCUGAAGUGAAGGGGAGGCUUAGUGUCCUGUAGUCAGGCGAUUUGAAGGGCUUAGGAGCUGACGAGACGUUGAAUUAUUUUGAAUGGCAAUAUACCCAC